UAGUGUGAGCAAGUUUUCCCUCCAUGUAAAAUCUAGGGUUCGUCGUCUCCGCAGCUUCCAUGGAUGUUGUGAUUGUGGCGGUCGCGGGUGCUUGUGUUGUCAUUGCGGCAACUUGCAUUGCAACCAUGCUCAUCAUCAACCUCCUCACCAAGAGCGUCAUCACCAUGGCUUCUUCAACCAGGGGAGCAGCGAAGGAGGAUCUACAGGCUCUCCGUGGAGCUCUCAAGGAGGAUCUGCAGGCUCUCCGUGGAGUUCUCAAGGCGGACCUUCCCAGCCUGAGGCAGGUGAUACAGGAUUUUGGUGCCUUGAGGGAGGAACUGAGGAUGCUGCGAGAUGCUCUGCGAGCUGAGGCAGCCAAGGGCCAAGCUAAUCCGUGGUGUGCAAACCGCACAGAAGUGGCGCUGCUGCUGCUGACCAUGUUCAGUGAUCGGUAGUUGAUUCAUAGGAAGUUCGACAAAACUGUUUUGUUUUUCGACAGGGAAAAAUCUUCUGAUUCGGAUCUUCGUUUCCUCGAAAUAAAAUGACUCAUGUCUUGAGCUUCUGAUAGUGGAUCAGUGUAACUAUUUAUUCAGCAGACCCGGAUUUCACUGGGUACACUUCAAUUGCUUUGUAUGAUAACGGAACACGAUUCAAUCAAAGCUUGGACCUGAAACCUGGAGAGCUGAACGAGGAGAUCGAGGUGAUCUCCAUUUCUUUAUCAUGCAUUUCCUGAGUCGCGGCCCUUGCGAGAGAGCCACUGGCCAGCUCUGGAACGAGUUCCUACAGCACAAGUUCUUGCCCCGGAGGUACCAUGAAUUUUUCUCCAGGAAUGGGACGCCCACCGCUGAUGAAAAUGACGAUGUUUGUCGUUCCCACUCCGCGACGUGCAAGUUGCGGAGGUGUAAGAACGUUGACAACAAGCUCUUGCAGCAACUGCGUGUUCGCGUGAUGCGAAAGUGUCCAAGCAGUUAACUGCCGCGGACGUUCCUACUCUUUCGGGAUCAGGAGCAUUCUCGCUUUUGGAAUCGGAGCAAAGAAAUGCUACAAGUAUCUCUAUGAAGCGAAUAGAACAAAUGCAUUGGCAAGCUGACCACGUUCAUGCUCUCGAACUUGGUGGUGAAUUUGCAAUGCAUCGCAGUAGAAAUAGGCUUCGCCUUCAUAGCUGCGGAGGUUUGGACUAUGCAAGAACCUUGGUUUCGAUCACUGUGCUUAAAAACCUGGCUUUUUUGUGGGAGAUAGCCGAUUUGUCUUGGGGAUUACCAGAUGGUGUUCCGGUUGCAACACUUCGUGACCACGUAACGGCCAUCAAGUUUAGUCCCCGACCUGAAGACGGAACCUCUGUCAAUUCACGUGUCUACAUGCCGAAGCCGGAUGUCGAGCCCGAAUCAGCAGGAGCUGAGAAUCGAGCACAGGCUACAAAUCAGAUUCAGUGCUGUGCGUUUAAUGCAGAUGGCUCAUACUUAGUCACUGGGAGUUCGGACAAGCUUGCCAGAGUUUGGGACGCAAGAAUGUGGGCGGACGAGUACACCGGAAGGCCAAAUCAUGAGCAUCCAGAAACAGAUGGUUUUAUCGCGGACGAGAAUCCCACUGAAGCUGUUUCGUCUGACGACAAACAGGGAUACAUAUGGAAGAAGGGGAAAGCAGCCAAGCGUGCUCGCAUGCCUUAUCACAGCAGCAGCAGCAGCUCCGAAGAGGAUAAACUGGUAGACGUUCCUUGUGAUACCAAGAAAGGCCUUGAAGCGACUCGUGUAGAAAAUGGAGACACAAAGGUGGUGGCAAGGGCGAUCAUUAGCGAGUCCGAGUCGGAGAGGUCUCUUUCAGCUGACUACCUUGACGAACAGCAGAGACGAGAGCAGAAUCACACUCUAUGA